GAAAUGCUGGCCGCCUUUGAGCAGGAAGCCAAGCAGGUUAACAAGCCUCGCCUCAUGAUCACAGCUGCUGUUGCUGCAGGACUUUCCAACAUUCAGGCUGGCUACCAGAUUGCUGAGCUGGGAAAGUACUUGGACUACUUCCACGUGAUGACUUAUGAUUUCUACAGCUCCGGGGAUGGACAAACAGGGGAAAACAGCCCUCUGUACAGUGGCAAUAAUAUCUACCUCAGUGUUGAUUAUGCUAUGAACUAUUGGAAGAGCAAUGGUGCUCCAGCUGAGAAACUCCUUGUUGGAUUCCCAACCUACGGACAUAGCUACAUCCUCCAGAAUCCAUCCAACACUGCUGUUGGGGCACCAACAUCGGGCCCUGGGCCAGCUGGACCUUAUACAAAUGGGUUGGCUAUGACAACAUCAAGAGCUUCAACAUCAAGGUUGACUGGCUGAAGAAGAACAACUAUGGUGGUGCUAUGGUUUGGACUCUUGAUAUGGAUGACUUCACUGGCACUUUCUGCAAACAGGGCAAAUAUCCCCUGAUUAACACCCUGAAGAACGCUCUUGGUCAGCAAAGCAGCAGCUGCAUGACCUAUUAGCAGUCCAAUCUUCAAGUCCCUGCACCUCCUAACACUGGAAGUAGAAGUGGAAAUAAGUUUGUGAGCAAGUACUAGAGUAGCAAUUCCAGUGGGAGCAGAUUAUGUGCUGGUAAAGUUAUCCAAACUUAUCUAACAAGAGCAGCUUCUACCAAUAUUUGAACAUCACAAACCAUUUGCAGAACUGCCAAGCAGACCUCAUGAAUGAUGCCACCUGCUCCUGCUGCAACUGGGCAUGAAGACACCAAUUCUAUUACAGCAAACACAUCCCCUUGAUCUAAUUCCAUGGAAUAAUGAUGAUAA